AUGAAACUCGUACGGUAAGAAUUUUAUAAAAAUCAUCUUUAGUCUUAUGCUUCAAUGCAAGGUGAAAAAUAUGGGUUUGAGUCGCUGGAUUGAUUUAGAUUUGGAGUGCGAGCUUGUUCGCUGGAUUCUGAAGUGGGAAGCAGUUAGUUGAUAUGAUUGAGAGAUGCAGAAGCGACUAGCUAAGUUAUUGUUUGUGUUUAUAUAAUGAACUGGCUUUCAACCGCGAAAAUAACAUAUAACACAUUAAUUGUACAACUGUCGUUGAACUAGCUGGUGACUUUCUAUGCGACACUGUUAUUUGCUAGCCACUGAUACGCUAACUUACUAUUAACGUUAGCUAGCUAAGUUAGUAAACCACAGUGCAUGCAGGGCCCUGUGUGGUUUCCCUCCAAGCAAUAGUUCAAAACAAUGUUGUGCUCUUGUUUAGACUUCUGGUUGGUGUUUCUCUCGCGUUUGUUUUGAACAUUGCACACACCAAACUAAGUAGCUACUUACCAAUUGCUGUAUUCCGCAACGAGCCAUUGUUUAGACAGAUGGCUCGUUGCGGGAGCUUCCGUAGCCUGGCGUCCUUGAUCAACUAAAUCUAAACCACUCGGUUUCACCAAAAUACAUACGAUUCGUCGGGUUGAAUGUGUCCUUAGUUAUCAAAUACGCGUGUUAAACACGUUUUUAUCCAGGGUCUCCCAUUUUCUGCCUGUAGACGCGGGAGAUAACUUGGUACCCAAAUGCGUGGUCUAGAAUGGACUACAAUGGUAGCCCACAGGCGGAAAUAGGAGACCCUGGAUAAAAACGUGUUUCUAAACGAUUUUCUGUCUAAACAAUGACAACCACCCACCUCAUUGUCUAAGGAAAUGGUCUGUGUCGAGGUUGUUUACAGUGCCUGGAAGACCAAGCUGGUAAGAGAGAUUCACAACUUCAUAAACAGCAUGUCUUAUAACACUGCCUCUAAUCAUAACCAUACCGUUUUCUCCUCCUGUAGUUUUUUGAUGAAACUCAGCCAUGAGACUGUGACCAUUGAGCUGAAGAAUGGAACCCAGGUCCAUGGGACUAUCACAGGUUUGAACCGUGCCCCCUCCCCCCCCCCCCCCCUCACGUCUGACAGAACAAUGGCUACACCUCCAACUUAGGACUAUUGAGAUGUAAACUAGGACAAAGUCCAGUUUAGGGUGCUGUAGCUGCUCAGUCCAAACACGUUUACUAUUGUAGCCUGUUGUCCCAAGUGAUGUUUUUUAGUAGGAAACUCUCCACAGUUAGAUUGAAGUUGGAGCUCUUUGUCAGAUACCUAUUAGUAGGGUAUAUGUGAAUGAGCGUGCAUGGUCUGCUAUAGUAUUACCUUAACAUUUAACAAUGGUCGUUAACUGUGUGUCCCAGGUGUGGACGUGAGUAUGAACACUCACCUGAAGGCGGUGAAGAUGACUCUGAAGAACCGCGAGCCCACCCAGCUGGAGAGCCUCAGUAUCCGUGGCAACAACAUCAGAUACUUCAUCCUGCCGGACAGUCUGCCACUGGACACCCUUGCUGGUCGACAUAGAACCCAAGGUCAAGUCCAAGAAGAGAGAGGCUGGUGAGUUCACAAGGAGGGGAUGGGGGUUAGAGGUCAACAUGGAACCCAAGGUCAAGUCGAAUAGGAGGGGGGGGGAGGGGGGCUGGUUAGUACACAAGGAGGAGAAAGGAAGUGUUGUGAGGCUGGUCAACAUAUCAGUGUAAUAUCCAAGGUUCCCGUCCUCGCUUCCCUCUGACGUUCUGAGGCGGCGAUCAGAGGGGACGCUAGGAAUCGAGGAAUUAUUUUAAAGAUUCAACCUAAGUUAGUUCACUCCUGGUCCUGGAGGGUUACAGGGUGUAGACCAGGGCUCUCCAACCCUGUUCCUGUCGGUUUUCACUUCAACCCCAAUUGUAACUAACCUGAUUCAUUUUAUAAACCUGCUAGAUUAGGGUUGGAUCGAAAACCUACAGGAUGGUACACUACAUGACCAAAAGUAUGUGGACACUUGCUCGUCGAACACCUCAUUCCAAAAUCAUGGGCAUUAAUAUGGAGUUCGUCCCCCUUUUGCUGCCAUAACAGCCUCCACUUUUCUGGGAAGGCUUUCCACUAGAUGUUGGAACAUUGCUGCGGGGACAUGCUUCCAUUCAGCCACAACAGCAUUAGUGAGGUUGGGCGAUUAGGCCUGGCUAGUCCACUCAGACAGGCGUCAUGUAGGCUACACCAUGAAAAUGAUAUAUUUAUUUGCGACUGCUCGACUAAAAUAAUCUUGGGUCAGCCCUACAUCUAAUGCCUGCCUUCUGAUGAUGCCAUGACUGAGUUCUCGCCUUCGAAGAUUUGCUUCAUUAAACCUAAAUUAAAACUAGCAAUUCCGCCUAAUAAAUUGAUGAGGCAAAUGCUGUUCCGUAAGAGACAGCUCCCAACAAUGACAAACAAAACCCACGGACAGGAGUGGGAGAGUCGAAACGUUUGUGAUGCAUAACUAAUCUCUAAUCAUCUCUCUUCCCUCUCUCCUCCCUCCAUCUCUCUCCAGUGGCUGGGCGUGGAAGGGGCAGAGGAAGAGGGCGCGGAAGGGGGAGGGGCCGAGGCAGGGGAGGGCCCAGGAGAUGAUCGCCAUGAUGACGCAGCUGUCAGUCAUGUCCUACUGUUUGUACAGCAACGUUGUUUUUGUCACCUUUUUUCUUAUUUUUGGAGGAAACGUUUGUGA